GCAGAUAAAUUGGGUUAAGACAAUGUCAUGUCACGUGCUCGAGUUCAGUAAUACAUACAGUAUUAAAAGUAAACCAUGCUUAACCAUGUUUAACCUACAUCUGUGAGAGGGGGAUGGUUUAAAAGGAAUCUGGCAACCUAAAUCUAAUCUGUCACACAUUUUGUCAUUGGGCAGAACAAUAUCAAUUCAUGUUAGUAACAUUAUUCUACGCAAGGUCACUUAACACCAGAAGGCAUGGGCUCAGUAGAAAGUACGACCAGAAAAGUGUCUUUCGGUGUGGAUGAUGAGGACAGAGUCAGGAUUCUUCGUGGUGUCAAGCUAUCAGAAGAUGUUCUCCAGAGGAUGAGAGGAGUAGCCAACAUCGCUCCAGAACGCACAUCCUCAUCAACCUCAAGCCCUCAGAAAGACACAGGUGCUCCUCGCAGCGCCAGCUCAAGCCCUCAACCCCAGCAGAGCCCACAGCACCGGGCCCAACCCGGCACCCAGUCCAGCAAACCAGCUUCCUACGCCAAGGAAGAACAGAAAAGGUAUGAACGGCAGCAGACAGCACUGAAGGAGGAAUUGGCCAAAGUGGCACAAAGAGAGAGGGAUGCAGCAAGGGAGGAGAUGACCAAAGCCAUGACCAAGGAAAGACAACAGAAACGCCUGAAAACUGAGAACACCAAACAACUGUCCCCAGAUGAAGUAGAUGUGAUGGCUCAGCAGCUACAGAAGAAAGAUGCACAGCUGAAAGCGCUGGAUGCCUUCUACAAGGAGCAGCUGGCACAGCUGGAGAAGAGGAAUUCUGAAAGAUACGUACAGAGCAAGGACGAAUUCCACCAAGCUGCCUCCAAGACGGAAGCAAUCGUGAGGUCUCGCAAUACAGACCCGGUGUGUGCAGGCCUGCAGGCUCAGAUUCUAUCUUGCUACAGGGAGAACGGAGACCAGACCCUAAGGUGUUCAGACCUGGCAAAUCUACAGCAGUGGACCCCGAGCCGCCCAGCCAAGUAG